UUCCCCUCCCUCAGUGGCCGAGCCUGGAGGUCCGGGGUCUGUGCUGUUCCUGCUUCUCGCGCAGUGUCGGGUGAGCGGCGACCUGUAACCGGCGGCAGGUAAAUUAACACAAUGGAUUUCUCCAAGCUACCAAAAAUACGUGAUGAAGAUAAAGAAAGCACAUUUGGUUAUGUGCAUGGGGUCUCAGGACCUGUGGUUACAGCCUCUGAAAUGUCAGGUGCAGCCAUGUAUGAGCUGGUGAGAGUGGGCCACAGCGAGUUGGUUGGAGAGAUUAUCCGAUUGGAAGGUGACAUGGCCACUAUCCAGGUGUAUGAAGAAACUUCUGGUGUGUCUGUUGGAGAUCCUGUACUCCGCACUGGUAAACCCCUCUCUGUAGAACUUGGUCCUGGCAUUAUGGGAGCCAUAUUUGAUGGUAUUCAAAGACCUUUGUCGGACAUCAGCAAUCAGACCCAAAGUAUCUACAUUCCUCGAGGAGUAAAUGUGUCUGCUCUUAGCAGAGAUAUCAAAUGGGAUUUUACACCUUGCAAAAACCUACGGGUUGGUAGUCACAUCACUGGUGGAGAUAUUUAUGGAAUUGUCAAUGAAAAUUCGCUCAUCAAACACAAAAUCAUGUUACCCCCACGAAGCAGAGGAACUGUAACUUACAUUGCUCCACCUGGAAAUUACGAUACCUCUGAUGUUGUCUUGGAGCUGGAAUUUGAAGGUAUAAAGGAUAAGUUCAGCAUGGUCCAGGUAUGGCCUGUACGUCAAGUUCGGCCUGUCACUGAGAAGUUGCCUGCCAAUCAUCCUUUGUUGACUGGCCAGAGAAUCCUUGAUGCCCUCUUUCCAUGUGUGCAGGGAGGAACUACUGCAAUUCCGGGGGCUUUUGGCUGUGGAAAGACAGUGAUUUCGCAGUCUCUGUCCAAGUAUUCCAACAGUGAUGUAAUCAUCUAUGUAGGAUGUGGUGAAAGAGGAAAUGAGAUGUCUGAAGUCCUCCGUGACUUCCCAGAGCUCACAAUGGAAGUUGAUGGUAAGGUAGAGUCAAUUAUGAAGAGGACAGCUUUGGUAGCCAAUACCUCCAACAUGCCUGUGGCUGCCAGGGAAGCCUCUAUUUAUACUGGAAUUACAUUGUCAGAAUAUUUCCGUGACAUGGGCUAUAACGUCAGUAUGAUGGCUGACUCCACCUCUAGAUGGGCUGAGGCCCUUAGAGAAAUCUCUGGCCGCUUAGCUGAAAUGCCUGCAGAUAGUGGAUAUCCUGCAUAUCUUGGUGCCCGUCUGGCCUCUUUCUAUGAGCGAGCAGGCAGGGUGAAAUGUCUUGGAAACCCUGAAAGAGAAGGGAGUGUCAGCAUUGUAGGAGCAGUUUCUCCACCUGGUGGUGAUUUUUCUGACCCAGUUACAUCUGCUACUCUUGGUAUUGUUCAGGUGUUCUGGGGCUUAGAUAAGAAACUAGCUCAACGUAAGCAUUUCCCCUCUGUCAACUGGCUAAUCAGCUACAGCAAGUAUAUGCGUGCCUUGGAUGAGUACUAUGACAAGCACUUCACAGAGUUUGUUCCUCUGAGGACCAAAGCUAAGGAGAUUCUGCAGGAAGAAGAAGAUCUAGCAGAAAUUGUACAGCUUGUGGGAAAGGCUUCUCUAGCAGAAACAGAUAAAAUCACUCUGGAGGUAGCCAAACUUAUCAAAGAUGAUUUCCUACAACAAAAUGGAUAUACUCCUUAUGACAGGUUCUGCCCCUUCUACAAGACAGUCGGGAUGCUGUCCAACAUGAUCGCAUUUUAUGAUAUGGCCCGUAGAGCUGUUGAAACCACUGCCCAGAGUGACAGUAAAAUCACAUGGUCCAUUAUCCGUGAGCAUAUGGGGGAGAUCCUCUAUAAACUUUCCUCCAUGAAAUUUAAGGAUCCAGUGAAAGAUGGUGAGGCAAAGAUCAAGGCCGACUAUGCACAGCUUCUUGAAGACAUGCAGAAUGCAUUCCGUAGCCUUGAAGAUUAGAACUGUGAUUUCUUCCCUCCUUUUCCUCAGCAAGCUCUCAUAUGUGUAUAUUUUCCUAAAUUCCCCAUCUCAAACCUUUUGCUGCUUUAUUGUGCAACUUUGAGACUAGUGCAGCUUUAUGCCUGUUAUCAUUUGUUUUCCUGUUUAUUUUGUAGGUCUUAUACAAAACAUUCCUUUGUUCCAGUGUUCCUUUCUCUGAAGUGGUGAAUGUAGAAAAUAUUAUAUACAAUGGCUACACUACUGUAAAUUUGUAUGUAGGCUGACGUCCCUCCUUAUCCUAGGUUUGCCCUUUCCUCAUCGCCACUAAAUUUAACCAAGACUACUGCAUGUACUGUCUCUGCAGUGAAUUGAGGAUGAAAGGUCAGAUUUCUUUACAUUGUGACAGGUACUUUGUGAAAUGAUUUGGUAUCUAUCUACAUGGCAAGGUUAUUUGCAGCUUAGCAUUUUGCUAAGUAACUGCUUUGCAGGGCAUAUUUGCUUUUUAAAUAAAUGAUUAAUGUUUCAAUUUUGCAUUGCUUCCCCAGCAUAAAUCAGGAAUAUUUAUGGAGAACUGUUAGGAACUAUGUUGUUUUUAAAACGGGCAUUUUGGGGGCUCAGCAUAAUGUAUGGAUCAGUACCCUCUAAAAAAGUGAAAAAGGAGCCAAAUGGUCAAAUUUAGAUUAACAUCAUUUUGUUAAAGCUUAUUUUGUUUCACUAGGAAAAAUUCAGUAUCAAGGACUAUUCUGCAUUACUGGCAAAGUCUUUUUAAAAUUACAUUUAGAACGAUCACCAAGAACGUGAUCCCCAUUACACCCUUUUUCUUUUCCUCAAACAUCUUAGAAGCCUGAGCUUCUAAGAAUCAUGUGACAGUGUGAGGACACUAAAAUGUCACAAAGAAGAUAUUUAGUAGUAGUUAAAGGCUGUUUGCACAUUUAAAGACCAGCUGGGCUAUCGUCAUCCUUGGGACCAGAGUGGCAUUAUGUUUUUUCUAGAUAAUGGUGUGUGUCACAUGUUUGCAUGUUUGUUUGCUUAUUGCAUUUUUGAACAACCAGUUUAUUAAUUAUAGAAAUUAAUACUUUCUUUCAUAUGGGGUUUGAUUCAUUUGCUCACAAGAGUUCUCAGAAUAUCUGUAGCGCUAGCAGCAUAACAGUUUCCAUUUGGUUUAAUAGGGAUGAAAUUGCUUCUCAUAUCUGCUGAUAGCAGAAUCUGAGUCAAGUGAAAAAAGGUCAUUUCUGUCUGUCUUUUAAGUAUUUGUUCUAAAAUAAGGUUUCUGUGUUUGUACAAUAAGGCACACCACAGAACAGCUGAGAGCAACAGUAACUCCUCUGACCAACAGUGCUGGCUCAUUCCUUCCUCUUUAGGAGAGGAAAGGGCAUGUGAACGUGUCUAACAAUCUCAAAUACCCCAAUGUAAUAGCAUAAAUAAAGUAUUUAUUUUAUGCCUUAAUAUGUUGUUAUUUAAAUUUUUAGGUAAUGUAGUUCUUUUGGUCUGGUAAGGAAAGAUGCAGGCAGUAGAGAAUUCAGCUGUAGUUUGUUUAAAUCCUUGCAAAUUGCAUGUUUUUACAGUUCAGGACAGGUGUUUUUCCGUACAACUUUUUGUAACCUUUCAGAAUACUGGAAGAUAAAAAUUUUGCAAUGGUUUGUUGAGGUGUGAACCUAAUGGUGCUGCUUAAUCAGUUGGCUUCCAAUGUGGCCUCCUACCCAGAAGCCCUAAGACCAGUGGAAAUUAAAAUAAUUUCAAAAACUUUCUUUUCUACCUUAAACUUACCAGCAAACUAGGAUUGUCAUGGGAAUGAAUGAUAUAAUGAAGAAAGUUUGGCCUAGUUUUUCGUUUUGUGGGGGUUUUUUUUUUGUUUUUUUUUUUUUAGUUCUGAAUUUGCAGUGUACAUUCUUACUACUUUUUAAGAAUGUUGAUGUGUGGGUUUGAAAAUGCUAGAGAAACUACGCUCAGAUAUUCACUUUAAGUGUCCCUUCACCUAUAAGUUGUAGAAUUCAGAUUGGUCACUGAUCAUAUUUCUUUAGUAAGAAUGUGUUAAAAUUGCAACAAUCUUUUAAAAAUGAUGCAGUUCUGUAUUUAUUGUGCUGUGCCUGGUCCUAACUGGAGCCAGUUAAACAAGUUUCUUACGUAUUUUUCCAGUGUUAAAUCUCACACAUUGUACCCUUUGGAAAUUUCCUUCCAUUCUAAAGAAUGAAUAGAAGAGACCAUAUAUAUAUAUAUUGCCUUCUCAUCCUUGAGAUUUCCCUCUCUUUAUGUGAAAAGUUGUGCAUAAUUGUUAAAAUCUAUGAAUAAAAGUGAAAUUAAAUUAACAUUUUUUUUCUGUG